CCCUCCCGCGGCGGCGCGGACCGGCGGGUGAGCGGGUCUGGGGUUCGGAGGCGGCGGGCAGCCUCAGGGCCGGGGUGACUGAGCGCCCGGGACGGCUGUCAUUCCACGCCCGGCGUCCACUGCCGCUGGGACGGCCGCGCUGGGGGGUCCCGGAUGAGACGACAAUUUUCCGGCCCCCUCCGCCCCGCCCCACUUCCGGGCCGCCACUUUCACUUUCUCUUCCGCCAAAGCCGCUCCCCUCCCGCUUCCGAAAGACUGGGGCGGACCGGGAGGGGAGUUAGGUUGAAACCCGGGACGCCGGGGGCGCCCCCGUAAGUGGGGCCCCUCCGGCCAGGUGGAGCGCCCCCGCUGUGCGGCGUCGGACCGUCCUUCCCCCGCCCCCCCGUGUCCGUCCCGUUUCCUCUUUCGCCCAUUGCUGACUCAGCUCGGUGCCCCUGCCCUUUCACCGUCCCACGCGGGGUCCCGGUCCCUGGGCGGUGUAAGGCUGCCGACUGCCGCCGGGGACACCGAGGCACAGAGAGGACUUGGGCCGCGCCAGAGGCCACCGGGCCGGGGCUGAGUUGUUCCUGGUCGCCUGCCUCUCCCAGGUGACCCGCAGGUAGCAUUUCCCUGGAGCCGCAGCCCCCCCGGGGGGAUGGGCGCAGCCACGCCAGAUGGACGAGAAGACCAAGAAAGCAGAGGAGAUGGCCCUGAGCCUGACCCGGGCAGUGGCAGGCGGGGAUGAACAGGUGGCUAUGCAGUGUGCCAUCUGGCUGGCAGAGCAACGGGUGCCCGUGAGUGUGCACCUGAAGCCCGAGGUCUCCCAGACACAGGAUAUCAGGCUGUGGGUGAGUGUAGAGGAUGCUCACCUGCACACGGUCACCAUCUGGCUCACAGUGCGCCCUGACAUGACAGUGGCUUCCCUCAAGGACAUGGUAUUCCUGGACUAUGGCUUCCCGCCAGCCCUGCAGCAGUGGGUGAUUGGGCAGCGGUUGGCACGAGACCAGGAGACCCUGCACUCCCAUGGGGUGCGGCGCAAUGGGGACAGUGCCUACCUUUAUCUGCUGUCAGCCCGCAACACCUCGCUCAACCCUCAGGAGCUGCAGCGGGAGCGGCAGUUGCGGAUGCUGGAGGAUCUGGGCUUCAAGGACCUCACGCUGCAGCCACGGGGCCCCCUGGAGCCAACCCCUCCAAAGCCCGGGGCCCCUCAGGAGCCCAGACAGGUUCAGCCAGAUGGGGUACCUGAGCCCCCGCUGGUGGGCUGGCAGUGCCCCGGUUGCACCUUCAUCAACAAGCCCACGAGGCCUGGAUGUGAGAUGUGCUGCCGGGCGCGGCCCGAGACCUACCAGGUCCCCGCUUCGUACCAGCCUGACGAGGAGGAGCGGGCGCGCCUGGCCGGCGAGGAGGAGGCGCUGCGCCAGUACCAGCAGCGGAAGCAGCAGCAGCAGGAGGGGAACUACCUGCAGCACGUCCAGCUGGACCAGAAGAGCCUGGUGCUGAACACCGAGCCCGCCGAGUGCCCCGUGUGCUACUCGGUGCUGGGGCCCGGCGAGGCCGUGGUGCUGCGUGAGUGUCUGCACACCUUCUGCAGGGAGUGCCUGCAGGGCACCAUCCGCAACAGCCAGGAGGCGGAGGUCUCCUGCCCCUUCAUUGACAACACCUACUCGUGCUCGGGCAAGCUGCUGGAGAGGGAGAUCCGGGCGCUGCUGACCCCUGAGGAUUACCAGCGAUUUCUAGACCUGAGCAUCUCCAUUGCUGAGAACCGCAGUGCCUUCAGCUACCACUGCAAGACCCCAGACUGCAAGGGAUGGUGCUUCUUUGAGGAUGAUGUCAACGAGUUCACCUGCCCCGUGUGUUUCCACGUCAACUGCCUGCUGUGCAAGGCCAUCCAUGAGCGUAUGAACUGCAAGGAGUAUCAGGACGACCUGGCCCUGCGAGCGCAGAACGAUGUUGCUGCCCGGCAGACGACGGAGAUGCUGAAGCUGAUGCUGCAGCAGGGCGAGGCCAUGCACUGCCCGCAGUGCCAGAUCGUGGUGCAGAAGAAGGAUGGCUGUGACUGGAUCCGCUGCACCGUCUGCCACACUGAGAUCUGCUGGGUCACCAAGGGCCCGCGCUGGGGUCCCGGGGGCCCAGGAGACACCAGCGGAGGCUGCCGCUGCCGAGUGAAUGGAAUUCCUUGCCACCCAAGCUGUCAGAACUGCCACUGAGCUAAAGAUGGCCAGGUCCCCACGCUGACCCAGUCCCACAUCUGCAGGCUGUUGUGGGGGUGGGGCAGGGCUGGGCUUGAGGCUUUGGCUCCGAUUUCUGGCCUGGGAGAUGCCUUUGUGCUUGGUCAAGGCAGGGGCCCUGCAGAGGCCAGGGCCCCUGAGCUGCAUGGACAGCCUCAUUUGCCGUAGGAGUUGCAGGCCCCCCCCCCCACACUGUUGUCCACAGUCACAUCUGUCCCAGUGCCUUUGUCCUUUCCCUGGGGCUCUCUGCAGCUCCCACCUCUGCCUGACCCCAGCCUUAAACACAGCCCCUGGCCAGAAGCACCGUGACUCCAGACUCCUCCCAACUGCCACCCUUGUCUGCUGCGCACCAAAGCACUCACAGCCGCCUCCUUUCUGCUGCUGGCUUUCUGGGGGGUGACUUUUCUCUGCCUUUGUGGUUGGAGGCCUGGCGCUUAGAACUCCUGCUAAUCUGUUCCCAGCCACGAGGGAGAGCAGGUGGUUUAGAAAGCACAGCCCAUCGUGUCUGGCUCUGCAUCUCCCUCUCUGCUGCCCGUGUAAGCUAAUUAAAAUAGUUUUCCAGGAAGGGAUGACUGUGAUGUCCCUGAGAGGAAGUGAAUGUCACGGGCUGGGACUCUACACAUAGGCAGGAUCCCAGGCUCUCUAGGAACCUGCACCAGGAAGUUGAUCUUUGGCCCUUCAGUGGUAGAAUGGGGCAGUGACAGAGCACUGGGAUCCCUGUGCCACACUUGGCACCCCGUGCCUGACUUGCGGGGCAGGGAUGCUCUUGGGUCAGCGUUAGGCUGGACAGGCGGAGUUUGCAGUGUGUCAAUAGUCUGCAAAGAAGGGUUUGCAGAUCAACAUGGGCUUAAGGCGCGGGAGGGGCCAAGGCAGCAGCGACAGGCUGCCACUCCCUUUUGGCCUCUCAGUGAGCACCCAGGGUUGGAGGGCAGACAGUUCAGGAGCAGGGGAAGCUGCUGCAGUUGAGGGGUGAGGUGGUCCAUCCUAAUUUUAACAUCUUGGGCCAGAUGGCAAAGUACUGAUACGGCAAUAUUAGUACCCACUCGCUGGGCUGGGAUUAAUAAAACAUAGACCCAGGAUGUCCACCCCAUGACCCCCCUUUGACCUGUUGAGCUCUGGCGUUUGAUGUGCACCAUGUUGCCUGCACUGUUAUGUGAUCGUCACUAUGGCGCGCAGCAGGUGUCUCUGCCAUUCAAGGCCUCGACCCCAGGCCUCAGACACUGGGCUGGUGCUUUGCAGGGAAGGGCAGUGCCGCCCUGUCACUGGAUGCUAAGACUCAAAAGAGUUGUCCCUGGUCACUGAACAGUGAUAUCAGAGACUGAGUGGACUGAGUGCCUUCCAGCUCUGCCAGCAUUGGCUCAGGGCAACUGUUGUAGCUGAUAGAGGCUACACCGGGCAGCCUCGCCAGCCCUGGGAGCAGAAAGGCUCAGGCCUGGGCAAGACCAUUCCUUAGUGCCACAGGGAAGGUGAGUGGAAGCCCAUUGCUCGGGAUAAAGCGCAGCGGCCGCUGAUGUGGGUAGAAAGCUGAGGACGGGCCCAUGGCCUGUGCCAGGGCUAGCACAGGGCUUCCUCCAGCGUCUGGGGCUGGCAUGAAAGACGCUCAUUUCAAACACAGGAGGUGGGAGGCAAGCCCAGAACCCGGUCGCUCACAGGAAGCCUGGAGAAGAUAUCCAGGGAGUAGGGGCCACCAACGGGACAGACAGAGAAGGCAGGUCUGGGAAAGGGGAAACAAAGACAACCAGGCUGAGCCUCAGGUCCCAUCGUAGCUUAGCUGGAUUUGGCAAGAGCCGCAGGCCUAUUCCUUUCAGGCAGUCCCUGGAGCGGCAAGGGCGCCCAAGUGCAGGGCUGGCCGAAGGUGUUUA